AUGACGCCCGACGCAAGCAACACCAUCACUCACCACCCCAACGUUUUCAACCUCCAGCGCCUCCAGGCGCCGACCUCCAGCCGCAGCAGCUCGAAAUCGCCUGCUGUUCGUGAUGCUUCUAGCACAGGCGUCGAGGCCGUCGAGGUGGCAGAUCACGAUGCUGUAGAGCGCCACCACUUCACAAGCGCAGACGUAGAGAGGCAAUCCACGGCGGGUUACAGCUCUCGCGUUCCGCGUCUGUCGGCCGAGAGCGAUCCUUACGGGCUGUCCUUUUCUUACAAAACCGAUUCGGACCUCGAGCAGAUCAAGGCCAAUUCAUCUCGUAAGAGGGACAGUGCCAAUGGGGCCAAGAAGUACGCGCCCAAAAGCGACCACCGCAAACUCCGCGGCUUCUACGAAAACCAAAAUGCCACCAUCGAACGGAUGCUCAAGUCGGUGGAGGACCAUCGAGAGGAAGCCCGCAUCGAGCAGGGAGAGGACAAGCUCAAGUUUAAGAUUGCCAUAUAUGGUUCACUGGCGGCGAACAUUGUCCUCACUGCUCUUCAGCUCUACGCAGCCAUUACGUCCGGCUCUCUGUCCCUCUUCACAACCAUGGCCGAUGCGAUUUUUGACCCGCUCAGCACCCUCGCUCUGAUUCUGUCGAACCGCGCCAUUCGCAGUGUCGAUCCGCGACGCUUUCCCGCCGGCAAGGCACGGCUCGAGACAGUGGGCAACAUUGUCUUCUGCUUCCUCAUGAGCGCUGUAGCCCUCAUCAUCAUCGCCUUCUCAGCAAAGGAACUGGCAAGCGGUGAUAGCGAGAAGAAGUUCCAUCUCCCCUCGGUCAUCUCUGUCUGCGCGGCGUUUGCGACCAAGUUCGCCCUCUUCUUGUACUGCUGGUCUCUCAAGGACAAAUAUAGCCAGGUGAACAUUCUGUGGCAGGAUCACCGCAACGACCUGCUCGUCAACGGCUUCGGUAUCUUGACAUCGGUGGGUGGCGCAAAGCUGGAGUGGUGGAUUGACCCAAUGGGCGCCAUUCUCUUGUCCAUCUUUACCUCCAGCAUCUGGCUGUAUACUGCCUUUAACGAGUUCCUGCUGCUCGUGGGUGUCGUCGCGCCUCUAGACAUGCAGCAGCUCAUCACAUACGUGUGCUUGACCCACUCAGAAGCCGUCGAAGGCAUUGAUACGGUGCGAGUCUACCACUCGGGCCCGCGGCUGAUUGCUGAAGUGGACAUUGUCAUGGACCCGACGCGGACGCUCCAGGACACGCACGAUGUGGCCGAAGAGCUGCAGUUCAAGCUGGAGAGCUUGCCCGACGUUGAGCGGGCCUACGUUCAUAUUGACUACGAGACCACUCACAAGCCCGAGCACGCCUACAAGAAGGACAUUUGA